AUGUUGGAAACAAUAACUAAUAUUAAUUUAUCUUCUGGUUUUUUUUCCAAAGAUAAUGCAAGACCAAUGAAGGUUUAUCAUGGUCAAGCAAAUCUCGGUUGUCUUAUAUCGAGUAAUGGUUAUCUAUCAACAACAGAAAAUCUUGCAGUAGCUGAAAUGUAUUCUGGUACUGAUGGAAAUCAAUUGUCAAUUAUUUUCGAAAUAGAAAUUACUGAAAUGGCUUCUACAAAUAACAUAUUCGCUCCUAUAAGUGAUUACAGUCAGUUUACAGAUGAAGACGAAGUUUUAUUUGAUAUUGGAACUGUAUUUAAAUUAAAAUCGUUUAAACCUUAUAAGAAUCAAACAUGGCUCGUUCAACUAAAACUAAGCAACAAAGAAAAAGACCAAGCUGAUAUGUAUAUCAAUUAUAAAAUGAAAGAAUUACAACAUCUAUCCAUUCCACUUCGUAUCGGUCGAAUACUCAUUGAAGUUGGUGAAUAUAAACAAGCAAAAAAGUAUCUGAAAGACUUACAUAAUGAGUUAAAUCUUAAUUACGAUGAAUCAUUACAGCAAUUAUUGGGCAUGGCAGAAAUGCAUUUGAACAAUUAUGACGAAAGUUUAAAACAUCUGAACAAAGCGUAUACUGCAUGUCAAUUUAAUUCCAAAGGAUUUACAAAUUUAAUAUCAGAUUUGUGUUACUUUUACACAAUCGAGAAUGAAACUUCACGAAAAAUAUUUCAUUCGUUAUCAUUAUCGUUACAUUAUAGUCGAUUUCGUCAUAUGUAUGCAGUUUGUCAACAAUUAGAAAUCUAUUCCGUUUGUCGAGUAUUGGAAAGAAUCAGUCAAAAUUAUAUGAAAUCGGAUCAACCAGUAUUAGCUUCACAAUUUCAUCAAUGUGUUAUGGAUUUUCUUCAAUCCAUUUUACCUAGUGAACAUCCACAGCUAAAACAACCAACUGAUACCAUGAUGUCUUUAUCCAUUGAUGUAAAUGAAACGAUCGAUUCAAUUAUAUGUGAAUAUUAUCUACCAAUCACUCACAAAAUUUCAAGAUACAUUGUCGAAUUUGAGAACGAAAUUACACCUUUGUUAAUCCAACCAUUAGAAACAUUACAUGAUAUGAAAUUAAAAAUCAAAAACUUGUAUUCAAAUCAUAAUGAAAUCGACUGUUUUGUCAUUGAUGAAAAAGGCAUAAAAGUUCGAUAUUUCAUAUGUCGAACACAAGCAUCGAUGAUUAUUAACAUAGAUCCGGAUGCUGCAAUUGAACAUACAUCAUUUCAACUUAAUAUUUAUCCAAACGAUAGAAUUGAAGAUCUUCAAGAUAAAAUUGAAGAAAUCACAAAAAUACUAUUUUAUCACCAAAUACUUCAAUAUCAAGAGAAAGAUUUAUUUUCUUAUAAACUAUUAUCUAAUUAUGAUAUCCAAGAUAAUUCAAUAAUUAUAUUAAAACAAGAUUGUCCAAAGAAUACAACAGUUUACAUUGACAUAAUUUCUCCUGAUGAUGAUUCAUUUCGAUUUAAAAGAAAAUUAUCUUUACACAGACGAACUGUUUUUGAUCUAAAAAAAAGAUUUGGAAAAUUUGUUAGAAAUACCAUUCAAUGA